AUGAACCUAUUGCAGAGGAUCCACACAGGCCUAGGAGGGAUCCGAGACACCCAAGAGGUUGAUUGAGGAAGCAAAUAUUGUUGCUUAUGCUUUGAGUGUGGCAGAUGAAAUUGAAGAAGUGCAUGUAGUACUCACUUCGGACGUGGUUCCAUCAACGUAUGGAACGAUUCAUCUCCCUACAUAAAAGAGCAAGCAACACAGAACGAUUUAUCUCCUCAAUAAAAGAGCAAGCAACACGGAAUGAUUCAUCUCCUCAAUAAAUGAGCAAGCAACCAUUCGCCUCCAUUUUCCCUUUCUCUCUCAAUAAAUCAGCGGCUAAUCCUUUUCUCUCCCCAUGGUAACUGCGUUCGGGCUAUUGGCACUAAUGCUGCACCUGGCCACCUUCAUAUAUUCAGAGUUACUCAAUGUGUGCUAUCAAACGGGGUGGGAAGGUCGAUUAAGCCGUAACAUGGGUGGCCGUCGGAAGCCACCAUCAUUUCAUCCUCGAGUUCGUCAUCAGCUAUUCUAAGAAGGUGUGGUAUUGAUUAUCAAAGAUGAAUAUUUUCUACUACAACCCAUAAUGGUGAUGGAUCUGGAGGUCAAGGAACCAAGGCCCUCUAGCGAGCCGAAUCUCUUCCUGCAAUGGGGCAGCCGGAAGCGGCUUCGCUGCGUCAAGACGCGCGAAGAUGGCUCGCCGUCGCCAGCUCGGUCUGAGGUGGUUAGACGCACCAUACCCCGGGUGAACCGGCCCCUUCUGGGAGGCGAUGUUGCGCAGUUUCGUUCUCCGCGGCGCCCUAGCACCCUUCACCGAAGGAAAUCCGAGGCUCUGGCAGGGGAGGCCAGGCAGUCCAUAUCGGUCUCGCCGGACAAGGACCGGUAUUACUCCACCAGGGGUUCCCCGUUUACUUUUGAGGGGCAUGGCUUUGAGUUCAAUGGUGGAGUGGAAGAGAAGGGCAACACCGCUCUGCCAAGAUUCUUCAUCUCAUUGUCCAACAAGGAGAAAGAGGAGGACUUCAUGGUAAUGAAGGGCUGCAAGCUCCCACAGAGGCCUAAGAAGAGGCCCAAGUUGAUGCAGAAGUGCUUGCUUACGGUGUGCCCAGGAGCAUGGCUGUCGGAUUUGACCCAUGAGAGGUAUGAAGUUAGAGAGAAGAAGAGUUCCAAAAAGAGGGCUAGAGGACUGAAGGCUCUGUGCAUGGAGAGUGAUUCAGAGUAGAGGUCGAAGAAAAUCAAUUUUUUGACCUCUGGUCGAUGCAGAAAAUAGGUAGCAUUGGCGGUUCUUUAACUAGACAAACCUAAGCAGCUAAUUUAGUGGGGGGAUCAAUACCUGUCCCCCCUCUUCUUAUUCACACCCUGUUGAAUGUCCAUGAUCCAUCCUUUAUUUUUCUGUUGGUAACUUCCAAGAAUUGUCAUCUGGAACCGUGAACAAUGACCGAAACAGUAAUAUUAGACCAUUCCUGAUCUAGUGAGUUUGCAGUUCAGAUAGUGGGGCGCCUGUUAAUACUGAAUGCUGGUGGGACUAUGGAGUUUGGAGGUCUCUUAGGAUUGUCAUUUGUUGUAAUGGUAUGAAACUGGAGGAAAAUUCAUGGUUAAUCAGUUAAUUCGUUAGUGCUUUA